AUGACCUCAAUGAAUUCAAAUGAACAAAUAAUAGAAGCACUUCCUCCAGAAUCUAACAACCAACAAUUAGCUAAACCAGAGCCUAAAUGGAUUCACUUAUCUAGAUACCUUGCUAGAACAUCACAAAACAAAGUGUUUAUUGAUCCAAGUGGAGUAGGUCAUUGGAAUUCUAUGACAUGGGAGCCACCAUGUGAAUUGUUAGAUUGUGGAAAAACUUAUUUACUCAAAUUUGAAGUACCUGGUAUUGAUAAGAAGUCAUUGUCAUUACAAUAUAGUAAUAAUUGGGUUAUUGUUUCAGGUAAUAAAAAUAUGCCAGUGGAAGAUGGUGAUUUUUGUUUUACUGAGAUAUUGUAUGGUCAAUUCCGAAGAGAAGUUCCUGUUCCUGUAGACGCAAGCAAAGAUGGAAUUAAAGCUUAUUAUCAAGAGGGUAUUCUUUAUGUUAGACUAACCAAAGUAGAAAAUAGCCAAUGGGUACAUGUAGAAGUUAAUUAA